GCAAAAGAAGCCGCAAUUGUUUCCGGAAAAGACAAGUGAUUUUUCAACUAUUUACUGAUAACUGAAAGAAUUGAAGUUGCUGGUUGGAUUUGAGGUAGUAAUAAACGGAUAAAAUGGAAGCUACGAAUAGCAAUAAUGAACGGCACCCGGCUGAGGUGAAAAAACAGAUGAGGGAGGACAAACAGCGAGAAACGAAGAUCAUGGACCAAUUGAACAAACAGCUGGCUGGCAUGUCGUUGGACGAGAAGUUCAACCUGGUACAAAAACGGCUGGUCGAGGCGGAGAAAGAAAACAAGCGGCUGCAAACGCUGCACAAACAGUACGAACGAAGCCUUGAGGCCAGCAAGAAGGAGCGCGAGAAUAUGAUUCUCGAGCACAACAAGGUUGCGAUGACCAAAACCAAACUGGAACAGCUGUGCCGUGAGCUGCAAAAGCAGAACCGAAUGAUUAAGGACGAUAGUUUGACGAAAAUUAAAGAGGAGGAAGAGAAGCGCAAGGAAACACAGGCUAAAUUUCAGAAAUCAUUGAAUGAAAUUCAAGCUGUGAUGAAUGAGAAUAACGAGAAAAAUCUGCAACUCAAGGAGGACAAUAUGGAAAUGGCUAAAAAGUUCAAAUUUAUUCUUGAGCAAUACGAAUUAAGGGACCAACAGAUGGACAAGAUGAACAAGCAGAUGGAUCUAGUGACUCAGUUGAACGAAGCUAAACUUGCCAAAGCUACAAUGGAGGCGGCUGCUGAGAAAGAGAAAUUUCUGGCAGAAAAAGAGAUAAUAAUUACCGAAUUGACAAAAGCCAGGAAACAGCUUACUGAUCUACAAAUGGUCGAAGGACAUCUUCGAGAGCAAGUUAAUAUGUACUCCGAUAAGUAUGGCGAGUUCCAGGACUCCCUGAAGAAGAGUCAUAGCAUAUUUGUGGGCUACAAGGGUGACAUGGAAAAGAUGUCCAAGAAAAUCAAAAGCCUCGAGAAGGAAACUUCUUCGUGGAAGUCAAAGUGGGAGAAAAGCAAUGCCGCCCUGCUAGAUCUGGCUUCGGAGAAACAGGUCCGCGAUGAGCACAUAAUGAAAACUGCCCGACAAUUGUUCCAGUUGCAAAAACUAUGUCGAACGCUACAAAACGAGAGAACGGCGUACUUUGGAGCGUUAAAGGCUAAUGAUAUAGAAAUUCCUGAAAUUGUGGAGGUUCCUUGCAAAAUGCCUGAACCGGAACCGUUGCCGGUAACGAACGCUAAAAAACAGGACGACCGGCUGGAGAUCAUGACCAAAAAUUGCUCGGCCUUGAAGGAAAAUUUGGCCGCCCUGCAGGGACAAUUAAGUGCCAUUCAGUCGCAAACGGCAGACGCUGCUCAACCCAAUGCGAAACCAGCAGAAGCCACAAAUGGAAAAGCGACACCUCCUAAUGGAGAAGGUAAGAAGAACAAAAAAGACAAGAAAGGGAAGAAUGCAACAGCUGCAGAGGUGACAACGGAAGUCGCUCAACAGAAAGUGGCACCUGAGAGCAAAUCGGAUGAAAAUGAUUCUUCUCAAGAUAUCAAAGAAGUAAUUCCACCUGCAAAAGUAAACGAAGAAGUAAAGACUGAUACCCUCGCUAAGGAAGCGGACAAUGACACUGAAGAUGUAGCUUCGGCGGGUGAAAAAGAAGCAGAGCAAGUGCAAAAAACGGCGGUCGGAACUACGUAGACAGAUGAGUUGCAUGACGAUAUAAUUGAGUUUUAUUAAGUAUGCUAAUUUAUUUAAAAAAUAUCUUGUCAAAAACUUCAGUCUUUUCUCGUUCAUGACGACGGGUUGUUGAUGCAACAUCUCCAACCCAUAGCGAGCUAUCAGAGGACGUUCGGUUCGUACUAGUUGUCUAUGUUUGUGUAUUUAUGGUCUCAUGUUUUCAAGCAAAAUUUAGAUUUUUGCAAUCAGCUUACAGCUGAUAUACCGUGAAAGUAACAGCGGCUGUGCUUUUAUUGCGCGAAUUAAAAAAAACAUUUUCUAAUAUUGCUGUUUAAAACUUUAAAUUGCUCAGGGAAAACGUGCAAAAUUUUCUCCGGCAGCAGAAAGAGGUGGCGAUAAUAAGGUGUGCUGCAAUUAAGCCAGCAAAUUUUUGCACUUUGUUUUGAAGGGCCAUUCAAACUGCACGGCAAUUGUUGCUUUCAUUUUCUUCAUAUGUUUGUUUAUCUUUGAAGCUAUCUACAUAUAGUAAAACGCCUUGAAGCAUUUGACUAUUGAAAGAGAAAAAAACGCAACUGCCCAGCAUCUCAUGUUUCAGAAUUCGCAUUAAUCA